AAUGUGACCUUCUCAAACCCCCCACCAUCUUCACCCCUCCGCUCUCAAGUCUCUCUCUCUCCUUCCAUCUCCGUGACCUCCCUCAUUAUUAUUUUUCUCGAAAACACAACCGCCUUAAAUUUAACAAAAAUAUAGUUCUUGAUUAUUUUGGGUAACUUAUCUUAUACACCACAUCAUAUUUGUUUAAUUCUUUAUUCUUCAAGCUAAAACGAACCAUCAACCAAAAAACCAUUCUUUUUUCAAAAUUUUCAGUUUUCACCCUUGUUUCUUGGAUUCUACUUCAGACCAAAACCAAACCCCGAUAGCCACCUCUCACCUGCAGGCUGGGCUGGAGCUCCGUCGCCUCCCCUGUUUUGAUCGAUUAAUAGGGGAGAGAUGACGGAGAUGAGAAGACAAACUUCGAGGAACAAAGGGUUUUAUGUGAGGAUGAAGUUGUUGAGACCAGGAAGACAGGCCUCUGAGAAGAGCUUCUGCCAUAGAUAUUUCAAAUGGCUUCUCUGGUUUUCCCUUUCUUUCUAUUUCUUCGCCUCUUUCAUUUUCACUCAUAAACCUGCCACCUCCGCCAUCAUCUCCCGGACCACCGUCGUCCGCCAAUCUAAAGCUUCUCGCGCCCUCAUCGAAUCCCAUAACUCUUCUCUUCUCCACCAGCCCAACACCCACCAAGAUGUGUUUAAGGAUCUGAAGGUUUACAUAUACGAUUUGCCGGCGAAAUAUAACGUUGAUUGGUUGAAUGAGCGGUGUAGCAGCCAUUUGUUUGCUUCCGAGGUGGCUAUACACAGAGCCUUGGCGAGCAGCGAGGUUCGCACGUUUGACCCGUGGGAGGCUGACUUUUUCUUCGUCCCCGUUUACGUUUCUUGCAAUUUCAGCACGGUCAAUGGCUUCCCGGCGAUUGGUCACGCCCGGAAUCUUAUUUCCUCCGCCAUUCGCCUCAUUUCCUCUGACCUUCCCUUCUGGAACCGCAGCCGCGGCGCCGACCACGUCUUCGUCGCAUCCCACGAUUUUGGGUCAUGUUUUCACACAUUGGAGGACACAGCAAUCGCCGAUGGAGUGCCGGAGUUUUUGAGGAACUCGAUCGUAUUGCAAACGUUUGGAGUCAAAUAUAAUCACCCGUGUCAAGAUGUGGAGCAUGUUGUUAUUCCGCCGUAUGUUUCGCCGGAAAGUGUACGGAAGACGCUGACGACGGCGAGAGCUGAUACCCGGAGAGAUAUUUUCGCGUUUUUCAGGGGCAAAAUGGAACUUCACCCCAAGAACGUUAGCGGUCGUUUUUACGGGAAGGGGGUCCGGACGGUAAUCCUGCGGAAAUACGGCAACGAUCGGAAGUUUUAUCUCAAGCGGCACAGAUUCGCCGGUUACCAGUCGGAGAUUCUACGGUCAACGUUUUGUUUGUGCCCUUUAGGAUGGGCGCCGUGGAGUCCCCGGCUGGUGGAGUCUGUGGUUCUGGGCUGCGUGCCGGUGAUCAUUGCUGACGCCAUCCAACUGCCGUUCCCCUCUGCCGUGCCGUGGGAGGAAAUCUCCGUCACGGUGUUGGAAAAAGACGUGCCCAAGCUCGGCCCCAUUCUUGAAAAAGCGGCGGCGACUAAUCUCACCGCCAUACGACGGCGGCUGUGGGACCCGCGCAUUCGCCGGGCCCUCCUGUUCAACGAUCCGAUGGUGGAAGGAGACGCCACGUGGCAGGUCCUCCUCGCCCUCACCAACAAACUCAGCCGCUCUCACCGCAGGUCAAGGGUUUCUACCCAAUAGGCAGCUGGUUACGUGGACGAUUCCCAUUGGGCGGUCAGCUAAGAUGUACUUUAGAUGACGUGGCGUGUAGGGUUUGUGAUAUAAAAUUAAAUGGGAGACAGCUGGGAUUGUAGCCGAGGGGUUAUUACAGACAUAGGGAAACGUGUCAGUGGGGCCCAAACGGCAGAGAUAUUAUGGUGGCUGAGCUGGCUGGACGGGAUUGGUUGGAGAAGCGGUUCGAAGGGACAGGGUGUUAAUUGUUUUGUAGCGUCACAUGUGAAUUGGGGGAAUAUAAAUUUUGAGAAAAAUAAGAAGAGACAAGAUUCGGUGCGGAGAUCCACACUGUGGAUUCCAACUAGAAUACGCUGUAAAUAAUAAAGCAAAGAAAAACUCAUACAAUAAUUCAAAUACUUAUUCUUUUGUUCACUUCAA